AUGAGGAGCCCGCGCGAACUCGCGGACCGCUCUAAAUACUGCCGUUUCCACCGACAGCCCGGUCACGACACCGAGUGUCGAGAAUUAAAAAGGCAAAUUGAGGAGCUCAUCCGCCGAGGGCACCUCGGCCCAUACCUCCGGCCAGAUAAGGAGCUUUCACCACGCCCGGAGGGUCCCAUCGAGCGGCACAUAGAUGUCAUAACCGGCGGGCCCGCGUCCGGAGGGAACUCCAUGGCGGGCGGAAAAGCACACGCCAAGGCCUCCCGAGCCGAAGCUUCCAAACAUGAAAAAGGACCCGAAGUCACCUUCCUGACCGGGGGACCUGGGCUAGCCGAACAUGAUGACGCGUUGGUGAUAUCAGCCAGAAUCGCCAACGCGCAAAUAAGAAGGAUCAUGGUCGACACCGGAAGCUCGGCCGAUAUACUUUAUUGGGACGCCUUCCAAAAGCUCGGCCUGGUCAAGGAGAGCAUGAAGCUGGUAUGCUCGACGCUCACGGGGUUCACCGGUGCCUCAAUCUCGUCACUAGGGGUUAUCACCCUGCCUCUAACUUUGGGAGUUUUCCCAAAGACAAAAACAGUUAUGACCUCCUUUCUGGUGGUCGACCUCCCCACGGCAUACAACGCCAUCCUCGGACGGCCAACCCUCAACAAGAUCCGUGCCGUCAUCUCAACUUACUACCAAACCAUCAAAUUCCCGACCCGCGAUGGGGUCGGAGAAGUAGCGGGGAACUCCUGGGAGUCCAGGCGCUGCUACUUGACUGCCGUGUCGCUAAACAAGAGAGCGAGGGUCCAAUCCCCGCUGGAAGACCCCCGGGAGGGAAAAAAACCGACUCCCCGCCCCGAGCCGAAGGAAUCAACCAUCGACUUGCCGCUGAUCAAAGGCAGACCCGACCAAACAGUCAAAAUCGGGUCGGGACUGCCCGAACAGGAGCAACGGCAGCUCGUCGACCUCCUGCAAGCCAACACCAACAUCUUCGCUUGGACGUCGUCUGACCUAGUAGGAGUCCACCCGGAAGUCGCGCUGCACCACCUAAACAUCUCGUCCGACGCCCGUCCGGUGAAACAAAGGCCCAGGCGGCAGGCCCCAGAUCGGCAACUGGCCAUCCGAGAAGAGUCUCAACAAUGCUUGCCCAAAAGAUUGCUACCCCCUACCGAAGAUCGACCAGCUAGUCGACGCCACAGCCGGCCACGCCCGUCUCUCGUUUAUGGAUGCCUUCUCCGGAUACAACCAAAUCAGGAUGGCACCCGAAGACCAAGAACACACAGCCUUCCUCACCGAACAAGGGGUAUAUUUUUAUAAAGUCAUGCCGUUCGGGUUGAAAAAUGCCGGGGCCACCUACCAGAGGACGGUGAACAGGAUGUUCGCCCGCCAGAUUGGACGAAACAUGGAGAUAUAUGUCGACGACAUGAUCGUGAAGAGCCGAACAGCGGAAGCUCAUCCUUCCGACCUGGCUGAAACAUUCGACACCCUGCGAAGGUUCGGCCUGCGCCUCAAUCCUGCCAAGUGCGCCUUUGGCGUAACCUCGGGGAAAUUCCUCGGAUUCAUCAUACACGAGAGAGGGAUUGACGCCAACCCGGAAAAGGUCCAGGCUAUUAUGGACAUGCAGCCCCCUCGGACGAUCAGAGACCUACAGCGCCUUAACGGGAGGCUGGUCUCCCUAUCACGUUUCCUUUCCCGAUCGGGAGAUCGCUGCCUCCCCUUCUUCAAGGCCCUGAAGGAUCCGAAGAACUUCCGAUGGACGACGGAAUGUGAGAGGGCCUUCGAGCAGAUGAAGCAACACCUGGCCAACCUCCCCCGACUCGCUUCAGUCUCCCCAGGGGAGAGAUUGAGUCUCUACCUCGCCGCCUCCCAGCAUACGGUCAGUUCGGUUUUGGUCAAGGAAAACUCCGGCGACCAACUGCCGGUCUACUAUGUCAGCCACAUGCUAAGCGGGCCAGAGGGACGCUACCCGCCAAUCGAAAAGCUGGCGCU